CGGGCCCAAUCCAAUCAAAAAUCACAUUGAUUGGCGGCCCACUAGCUCAUCCUCCCCUUCAAUAGGGUUUAAGCAUUCUGUCUGGGUUCAAGUUCCAUUUUUCUUUGUGUUUCUUGAUAAACCCUUAGACUCAGAGACACAGAGAUAUGCUCAACCUUCAACGCAUAGCGAAAUCCAUCACAAAUCCAACAAUAAGCACAAUUGAAUUGAGAACUCCAAAAUCCCACUUCAAUUCAACUGCAAUCUUCAAGUUGUUUUCUACAAAAAGCACAAAAAACGGCGACGAUGAGUGGAAUGACGCCUGGGAAACCGCUUGGCUCCCCGACGAUGUCUCCCCCAAUAACAGAGCUCCGUGGGAAACGGAUGUCAACUUCUCCUCUCCAACAAAGUCAACGAAUUUGGUGCUCCAAUCGGAUCUUGAUGCCGAGACCAAGGCGUUUGUGGAGGAUAUGAACGAGAACUGGAAUGAGAGGCGGAAAUCGCCGAGAAAGAAACAGCAAGAGCAAGAGGAGAGAAAAGGGGAUAAUGGUAGUUCGUUGUACAGUUUGGAAAAUAUAAAGAAGGAUUAUAGGUUGAAGAAGCAGAGAAUCCAUGCUGGGUUGUGGGUGAAGGAGAUUGAAAAGAUGGAGGAGGCUAAAUUGGGGGAUUCUGGUUUGGGGGCCUCGGAUGAUAUUGAGAGAUUGCUUGAUAGCUGCUCUGAGAUAUUCGACUCCACCAAGACCGACUUGGAGAAUUCUGAAAUUCCAAGCUCCUCUGAGUUCAAAAACAAGCCUGAUGGUUGGGAAACAACAUCAAAGGCACAAGAUGGAAAUGUGUGGGACAUGUCACAAAGAGAAGAAGAUAUUCUCCUCCAAGAAUUUGAUCGUCGAAUUGCUUACUGUAAAUUCCAGGUGUGUCUAUAUUCUUCACUGCCUGGUCAAAUUUGAUGUUAACACAAUUUUAGCCUAGU